UCCUCUCAGCUACCUAACUGGAAACAUGAUGGUCAACAGUUCACAUGAGGAAGUCAAAUAAAGCGACUGAACGAACAAAACACCACAAGAUAUCUUUAAAAAUAAAAGCUACUAUUAUUUAGACUUGAACAUUUAGGAAUUUACCUUCGGAAAAAAACCGAACCAGGUUUGCAGCCCUGCAGGCAAUUCUCUUUUUCCCUGCAGGUGAGAAUCCUACACUGAACAUCUGCACAGGUGAUAAAAGGCAGCAGUGUCGUCUGAGUCCUGACAAUGGAUGACAUUGGAAGAGAGAUAGAGCCUCUUGAAGACCCAGUUGAUGAUGAUGAUGAUGACGACUUCUCAGAAGACAAUUCCUCAAAAGGGGGAAAGAAAUCAAAGCUCCCUCUGGUUAAUCCCACGUGUGUAGAGUCACCCAAGGAAACUGGUUUUCAUCAGAGUACCAGAACGUGUCUGGAGCGGAUUAGAGAAGCGCUGCUACAUCAUAGGUGGCAAGAGGCCUCUGAAUAUAUGGCGUGUUACCCACAGAUGUUAGAAGACCCGACCAAUGGCACAGCUCAGCACUAUAAAGAGCUUAUUUGGGGGAUCAGCACUGAGAUCCUUCAUCAUCACCCCAACUCAAAGAUGGAAGACUACAACAACAUCUACGAGCGCAUGAAGAACUCAGGAGUUAGACAUUAUCUGAUGAUCUGCCUGGAACAUUCCUUCCACUUGAUGCUUAACGGUCACAUCGAGGAUGCGAAGCGUCAGCUGUCUGUUGCUGAAAGUUGGCGGCACGGGAAAGAGUCGGCCUCUCAACUUCAGACGACUAAACUGAUCCAGGCCUACAGGAGUUUACUGGAUUACAUCAUCUGGUGUGACAAAAAGUCUACACUCUCUGAUGGUGACCACAACCAAGACAUGCACAACUACUUCAGACAGGCCUCGGUGAAUCUUAAGGAGAUUUUGAGAAAUCCUGGAGUCUGGGAUCCCUUCAUACUGAGUUACGUUGAGAUGUUGGAAUUCUACGAGGAUCACGCGCAAGCUUUACAAAUCCUGAAUGACUACGCGUAUGACAGCAAUUUCCCCCCCAAUCCCAACGCACAUGUCUAUCUGUACCAGUACUUGAAGAGGCAUGAUCACCCAGACAAGAGGAUGAGCAAGGCAGCGUUAAAGAUCCUCCAUUUAUUAGUCCCAAGCCAUGAGCUGAUGCUGGAGUACAGUUCUUUUCUGCUUCAGUCAGAGAAAAACCGUGACAUCCAGAAAGCUUUCGGUGUCAUUCUGGAAAUGUUGGACUUUGCCUGCUGGAGGGACAACCUGGACGUUUGGAAGCAUUUAAAAACCAUUAUUCAAAAACUACAGCUACAAGAAGACUGGAAGAACGCUGUCUCUGAACUGAUGGCUGUGAGGAAAGACUGGUGGCCUGCGCUGCACUUCACAACCUUCCACGCCAGCAGAGACUCUGCGGAGAAUCCAGAGCUCAUGGAAGUGAAGGCAUCACUGACAAAGAUCCUUUGUCCUGACCUUAAUCUGAAGUAUGCAGCUGGAACCAGUUGAGAGCAGACAUAAGAAAAGGAUUCAAACUGAAUAUCAAAUAAUGUCUCUACAAUUCACAAUCAGGAGAUGGUGCUGAGACGUUGUUGGAAAACAAAUGAAGAACACCAGCAGAGGCUUCUUAAUGAAGCAGUGAUCGUGUCUCCACGGAUGCACUUUUUGCAGACACAGAUGUGAUACCGACUCAAAAACAAAAUCUCAACAUUUUUCCCAUUAAUUUGGAUAAUUGUGCCUUGAGCGUUAUUACCAAAGCACAAACUACAUUGUCCACUAUGUGGAGCUCUUGUUCUGUAGUGUUACAGUCAGUUGCUGUAGGGUAUGACCAACACAUUUGGACAGAGUGUUGCUCUAAAUGUCAGCUUUCAUGUUGGUUUCAUGGUUUCUAUAAACAUUUUAAUGGGAGCAGAGUCUCUUCUGCCCUGAGCUGACCUUUUACCCCUCCACAGAGGGUUUUUUAAGGGCACAAGCUUGUGUACACAACACACAGCCUGAGGAUUUCCUCCAUUGUCAUAUCAGAAAAAUCAACUAAGACCUUUCAGCAACAAGAUCUGUUGAAGUUUAAGCGAGUGGGACAAACCGCGGACAGGAAGAUGCUGCAACUAUCUUUGAACUAUUCCAUUUCUACGGGUUGUUUUCUUUCCCUCUAAUGUUUGAGUAGCCAUCAAUGGAUGGAUUUGUUGUUAGUUUUUAUGGUACUGAUAUUAUUAUUCGUUUUCAUAAAGCUCUGACAUUACAAGGUGCCUUGUUGUAAAUAUUUUUGUAAAUUUGAAUACAAUCUGUCUAUUUUAUAUUCAUAUUUUGUUUCUAAUAAGAUGAGGGGAUUCCGGCCUCUCAUCACUGUGCUUUGCUCUCCUUUGAACCAGAAAAUAAAGUCUUGCAUCCAG